AUGCAGUCGAAGCAUGGUUUCAAAUGUCAAUUAGAAUGUGUCAAAGCCAAGGCGGAUAUCCUGGGGGGACGAAUGUCGUGGAACAAUGAGAAUUUUCCGAGCGACAUCGUAUCCUGGUUGGUCAAGGCGGUACAUGACAAGGACCUCUCUGCAGCCCCAACCCCUGAAGCCCUUCAGAAUGACUUCAGACUGUUUCUACUGGCUGACAGAUUGGUGGACCCACGUUGCCAAAUGCUCCGUUCUCUGUCUCUGCAAAAGUGUGGGAGUACAGACAAAGCUGCUAGGGGUACGAGAAAAAGUAAAUCGUCACAUUUUUGGAUCAUCGUCGCCGAGACACUUCAGCUGAAGCCAACAGUUCUUGUUGCCGGGUCCCGUGAGGACCUAGCGGCAGGUCUGCUGAUCAAGCAAGUCCACAUCUCAGGGAAUACAAACUUCCUAGUGCUUGUACACAACAUUCAAAGAGACCUGCGAUUGGCUGGGGGCACAUUAGUUUAUACCUGA